GAACUCAUGUAUUGAAAGUUUCAAGCUAGUCCUUGCACCUGCAAUACAUUUUCGAGCACUAAUUUCAUUUCAUACACACAAACGCAGAGAACAUGAGCCACAUUCCAUAGCUUUGUGAGUCGUGACUGCCAAUUUUUAGAGCGAUUCUGAUUCAUGGCGAAGAUCAUCAGUGAUGAUGUCAAGCUUCUGGGUGCAUGGCCGAGCGUAUUUGUGAUGAGGCCUCGGAUUGCCUUGAAUAUCAAAUCUGUUGACUAUGAGUUUCUUGAAGAGACGCUUGGGUGUAAGAGCCAGCUUCUUCUCCAAUCCAACUCUGUUCACAAGAAAGUACCGGUCCUCAUCCAUGCUGGUAAGCCCAUCUGCGAGUCUCUUAUCAUUGUUCAAUACAUUGACGAGGUCUGGAGCUCUGAACCCUCCAUCCUCCCUUCCGAUCCCCAUGAUCGAGCUAUUGCACGCUUCUGGGCUUCCUAUGUUGAUGAUAAGUGGUUCCCAUCCCUAAGACUCGUGAUUGGUGCAGAAGGAGAAAGGACAGCGGCGUUGAUUGACCAAGUGACCGAAGGGCUUGUUCUGUUGGAGGAAGCCUUUUGUAACAAGAAGGCGGCUUUCUUUGGGGGAGAUCACAUCGGGUUCCUCGAUAUUGCCCUGGGAUCCAUGUUGGGUUGGUUGAGAGUGACGGAGAACAUGGUUGGGGUGAAGCUGCUAGACGAAGCAAAGACUCCUUGGCUGGUGCAAUGGGCAGAGAACUUUUGUGCGGAUGCUGCUGUUAAGGGUCCAAUGCCACAAACUGAGAAGCUUGUAGAGUUUGCUAAGGGCCUUUUGACCAGAAUGAGGGGCUCCUAGUUCUCCUAGUUUUCUGUGGACAACUACUUAAUUUUAUGCUCCUUUUUGCUAGGAAAUUGUCUUCUGUUAUGAAUUAUGAAGUGCAAAAUGGAGCAGUUAUAUUAUGUUUGGGGUCUCGUGUUGAAGUGUAAGCACAUAUCAAAGUAAGUAUAGAUGAGUUAGGAAAGUAAGUUUGUAAUAGAGUUAAAUAAUUAAAAUUUUAAAUAGCAA